CUAGAUGAAAGGAGGGUGAGGGGUAAAGGAUCAAAAUUUUGAGGUUAUCUUCAUAGUUGUAAUUUUGCAAAGGUACAAUCUCCUGAGUUAGCGCGAUGUAAUACCUUAGGAUUGACGGAAGGAGAAAAAUCUCUUGUUCCGUGUAAGCUCUUUUAGCUGAUGCCUGAAUAUUUUGCGUCUGUUCAUCUAAUGAUCAUUCUCGAAAGAUGGAGGCGGAGGUGCAGAAACUCCUAAGUGAUCUUGAGUCGAACAAUAUCAAUGUGUUCAAUGAUGCUAAAGCAAGGUUUCAUGAUCAGUUUAAUUCUAGUAAAGACCCUUGGCUUGCUCAUUUCAUGGUUGACUAUUGUCUGACAAACUCUCAAAGAUGUGUAGAAAUAUUAGUCGGAGUUCCAGAACCUCACCACAAGUAUUUGUUUGAUAGACUGGGAGAGCACAUUCGAGGAUCUUCAAAAGUCCAAGCCCUCACUCUUUUAGGUCAUGUAGUCAAGCGGCAGCCAUCGUGGCUCUUUAAAAUAGUAAACCAUCAGUUAAUGAAGGACGUGUUGAAACUCUUGAAGGUGCCAAAGGUGGAGACAGAUUUUGUAUCGGUGAUGAGCGCACUUUUAGUCAUCAUCAUUCUUCUCCCCAUGAUUCCUGCUUACAUAAAGCCCCACCUUGAUGAUGUUUUUGAGGUGUUUAGCCGACUUGCUUCCUGGAACACAGCAAAUCCUUCAAAAUUGUCUGCCAGCCAUUUGCUUCAUUUGCAAGUCACUUUAUAUGCUCUUUUCCACCGACUAUAUGGAAUGUUUCCAUGCAAUUUUCUCUACUAUUUGAGACAGGUCUACUCAAGUCAUGAGAACCUACCUGUCUUCGUCCAUACGAUCAAGCCUAUGCUUGGGACUGUGCGAAUGCAUCCAUUGCUGGUCACUGCAUCCAAGGAUUCUGAAACUGCAACCGCAAGAUGGAAGAAAAUGGAACACCAUGACGUCAUAGUCGAAUGUGCCAAGUAUGCUCUAGACCAUGGAGAACGGCAGUUUCAAGAGCCUCUUCCUUACCAUCAGGGAAUGAUAUCAAACCUCAGCUUGACAGGGAGGUCUGGAGUCUCUAGCUACUCCAGCCAGUUGGCGAACAUGGUCAGUGAGGAAAUUUGGAGUCCAAGCAUUGAAUGUAGCAACUCGAUAGCAAGUGAAUCACGGCCAACUUCCAUACCGCACACUCCCAUCGCUCAGGGAUUUGUGAGUAACGUAACAUUUCCUCUUCAAGAAGGGAGCUCUCCUCCUGAAGCAGCUGUGGAAGCCACUCCUGAAACCACCCCCAUUAAGGAUUUGCGACAUGUACCCAGAGUAACUCCAAUAAAUUCAAGCGUUGUACGAGCUCUCAAUACAUUUUCAACGACUGAACGACCUCGCUUUCGACAAGCAGGCUCCGGGACUACUCCUUGUCAUUCGGAGCCUUCUUCACCAAUGAAAAAAGAACCAUCACCUUUCAUCUUCCCUGGAGACUCGUCCUCAGCCUUUCACCAACCUAUCUUUUUCAAAAAGAUGGAUCGAAUGAUCAGUGAGCGAACGCAGGCUAUUGCUGAAACCGAUGACUUACAAAAACAGGGUUUUAACUUAGGAUCCAACAAUCUAGUGCCUCCUCAAAGUCCUUUGCGAGUAAUUUCUUCGACCUGGGAGCCUCCAGAUUCGCCACUAACGGUGAAAACGCAAGAAGAUCACGAAGUCGAGUCCACUUUUUUGGCUCAAGCUCAUUCCUCCAGUAUCAAUCGAAAAGAAUGCGAUAGUGUAUUGAUAGAUUAUGUGCACCACCCAGGACAUACAGAACCAAUAGAUGAUCUUGAGGACUGCGCAAGCUCACCAUGUUCCUCAGGAGGAUUGCAUAUGCCUAGUAGCCGAUCUCUAAUGGAUUUUCAAAGGCAACUUCAAAGAAUACGGUAUUACAGUCAGAGCAAUGCCUAUCCUCCUCAAUUAAGCUCUCUCGGUGUCAGUUCCAGUACCAGUCCUCAGGAUGGGGUUGCAUUUUCUCCCUCAAACAGGAUGAGGAAAGUCAAGUCCUGGCCAGUUUUGGAGAAACCUAGUUUUGGCGAUGCUGACGUAUCUUCAAAGUCUGGAAAAUAUAAAGAAAAAUCGGACUGGAAAAAGAAAGAGUGUGGAACAGUGAAAAAGUCCAUGCGAGAAAUGGAAACUCAGACCGAUCAGAUGCUGGACCAGCAGAUGCCUUAUGAACACUUAUUUGUCAAUGCCUUUCCCAUGGCUUUUGAUCCGCCGCCUCCAUCGCCAAUCAGAGCUCAAGAUAAUAUUUUGGCACUGGAGCCCAGUUUGGGAUUCCGUGCAAGUGAUACUGCAUUGAACAAAGAGCCCAAGUUCUCCAUAAAUGUGAUACAAAACAAUUACAUCAAAGCUGUCUUACAGUGUCAUGACCCCAAGCACAACAACCUCUCAGGUUUGGACUACAAUAAUCAGGAUCUUAAAACUUGCCGAGAGAACUUAUUUUUAACAACACUUCAACUUCAGUUCGAGCGGCAUCGGAGAGAAGUUCAUGCAGAACGCAACAGGAGGCUCCUCGGCAAGUUGAGAAACAACCGAGCUUUAGAGGAGCACAACUCUGCACUGCGAGAUCAUGUUGCUCUGUUAGAAAAAGAAGUGGAGAAUAUAAAGAAGAAACUAGAUACUAACCGAGAAGAUCAUGAAGUCCAAAAAAGUCGUCUUCAAUCAUCUGUCUCAUAUUGGCAAGAACAGGUGGAUAAAUUACAACAAUCGAACAAUGAUUUAACUUCUCGUUGUAAUAAUUUAGAACAAGAUUUAAUACAAAAGAGAGAAAAGACUGCAGCAGAAAAUAAGGAAUUACUCAGUGUGAAAGCACGAUUAUUAGAUGCAAAAAAUGAGCUUCAAACCGCCUUAAUCGCUGCGAGUGCCGGCAAGGAACUGAAAAAAGAACUGGAAAGUCUGCAAAAAGAAAUGAUGAUAGCUGGCGAAAUAGCGACAAACUACAGAGAUUCGGCACAACAACUAGCAAAUAUUCGGAAUGAAGCAAAUCACGCCAAGUUUGCUCAGGAGGCAUUUCACCAUCAAGUAGCCAAUUUAAAACAAGUUGUGGACACCCAAGGAAGUACAAUCGAGGCCUCAAAAUCAAGAAUCACCGAGUUAGAAAAUAUUCUCUCCAAAAAAGAUACCAUUAUUCAGGAACAAAAAGAACUGAUAGAGAGGAUUAAGGAGCAGUAUCAUAGUCAAUUACAAGCUGUUGAGGAUAAAUACAACGCCCUAAAGGCUAUUAACCUGAAGCAACAAGAGCACACGCUGGAGGUUCACAACCGACUGGACAUGGCAGAGGAACUAAACAAACAGCGUAACAAGAAACUUUCUCUCGAUGAAGAUCUUAUUCCACGUUUGAUUUCACCGAAAUCCUCCUUCCGGCAGUUCCAUUCUGAUGGUCCUCUCCCAAACCUCAGUCAGCUCGUUGAACCAGACGAAGAUCCAACCCAGAGGCCUACUCCUCUAGACUCUCAGCCCUCCUCGUCAAUGCAUCAUUUCUCGUAGUCAUCGGUAAUUCCUACGCACUACACAGAUGUCAGUUGAAGCCUCUGUUGAAUAAAGUAGAUAUAUUCCAUUGUGGCUGUGGUAUCCCGUUUAUAAUUUGUUACCUAUUCUAAUUUUAUUUAUUUUAUGUUCUAAUUUUAUUUUUGUAUAGUUUUAUUAAGUGUAAUUCUGCUUCCUGCGUAGCUCAUCUUCCUCUCGUCUAAUCUUCAUUACUGAGUGACCUGCCUCAGACGAAGAGCAAGUUCUUUCUCUGUAAACUUAGACUUUCCGUAUCAACCAUGAAGGGACGUAAACUUAGUCUCACGCCUUGGUAUCCAUAUUCGUUUCUUAAAUAGCUCCUCUCUUCAUCAUUGGUUGAUUAUUGAAAUUGAUAGGCAAAGUGAUAGACA